AUGGCGAACCACAAUGACGGGGUGAAUCCCCUAAGACCCUACUACCUCCCGCCCUCGAUCGGAGAACCGGCCGAGGUGCUGCCCACGCCGGGGCCCCGAGCAUUCACCCAAGCCAACUCGACGGGCAGAUAUGCCUCCAAGGCUCGCGACAUCUUUUCCGACAUCGACUACAAAGACUACAUUGCCGAGCCGUCUCCCUCGGUGGUACAAACGGUCAAGGAGGUGCUGGACGAGCUGCUAUGGAAGUACACGUCCGUGUUGAUGGCACAACCUUUCGAGGUCGCCAAAACCAUCAUGCAGGUCAGAGCCCAAGACGACCUCGGCGGGUUAGAGGCCGCCGCAGUGGCAGCGGCAGAGUCCAAGCAGCGACAGGCCAGCCAAAAGAUACACAUAUAUGACGAAGUAGGAGCUUCCUCGGAUCACGCGGAAGACGGCAACCCGCUGACAACUCGCCAGGGCACCCACUCCGAUUCCGACUCAGACGUAGACGAGUCGGCUUUCUUCACCUCCCACCAACCACGCGCGCCAUCACCCAGUCUCUCCCGGUCGGGGCACGCGCGACAUGGAAGGUCGCCAUCACCACAACCGUCCGCAAAGCCCGUGCUCGCCCACCAGCUCGGCAUCCGCACGCCGGACUCGGUAUUAGAGGUGAUCGCCCAGCUCUGGCAGAAAGAGGGCGCUUGGGGCGUGUGGAAGGGCUCGAAUGCAACCUUUAUCUACUCGGUCCUCCAGUCCCUGCUCGAGAACUGGUCGCGCAGCCUCCUCAGCGCCCUCUUCAACGUGCCCGACCUCGGGGUCCGCCACGACAUGGACCGGCUCGUGGACAUCGCAUCCCCGUACCCGUGGGCCUCGCUGUGUGUCGCGGCCGCGGCUGCCGUCACAACAGGCCUGAUCCUGUCCCCUCUCGACCUCGUCCGCACCCGGCUGGUCAUAACCUCGACCGCCUCGCGGGCCCGCCGCACGCUCUCCACGCUGCGCAGCCUGCCGUCGUACCUCUGCCCGGGCGCGCUGGUCGUGCCGACGGUGCUGCACUCGCUCAUCCACCCGCUGCUGACGCUGUCCACGCCGCUGGUGCUGCGCACCCACUUCAUGAUCGACCGCGAGCUGGCGCCCACGACCUUCUCCAUCGCCAAGUUCUGCUCCUCCACCGUCGCGCUGCUGCUCAAGCUGCCGCUGGAGACGGUGCUCCGCCGCGGCCAGGCCGCCGUCCUGCGCUCGGAACCCUACCUCCACGCCCUCGAGGGCCCGCCCGCCGCCGCCGGCAAGGGCAAGCUCCCCGAGAUGGAGACCGUCGUGCCCCUCGGCGCCUUCCGCGGCGUCAUCGGCACCAUGUACGCCAUCGUGCACGAGGAGGGCUCCCACGCCCUCCCGCCCCCGCCGGCUCCGCCCAGCCAGAAGGGCGGGAAGAAGGGGAAGGUUGUUGCCCCCGUGACCGUGGCCGAGACGGUGUAUCGCCGCGGCCAGGGUCCGGAUGGGCUGUGGCGGGGCUGGAAGGUCAGCUGGUGGGGACUGGUUGGGCUGUGGGCGGCCGGGGUGCUGGGCGGCGGCGGCGACGGGCAGUUCUGA